AUGAUUCCAGCCAGCAAUGUCUCGGUCGCCUUGAUCUACAGACUUGGCGACCAUGAGGGCCGGGUGACUCUAGAAUCGGUCAGGAAACCGGCCACGGUUAUGCGGACUAUCGCUCGUCAGAUAGUGCUUCGUUGUGGCAGCACCCGUAGCACUGCGUUCCAAGGUGAAUCACAAUCAUCAUGAUGUGUCCAAGAGAAAGCUGUACUUGUCUGCUGAUCGCAUCGCUGACUCGGGUUCGUUCACAAUUUACGCGAGAAGGUAUUGUCCGACUAUUGCAAGAAGUGGGAGAAGAUCCACCGGGUCACUCGCCAUCCUAACCGGGCGAUUUGGGCCAAGCAAAUCAAAAGACACGCGUACGUGUUGGACGUUGUUAUACAUACUCGCUUGCGGUGUGACAUGGAGUCGGAAGCAAACUCUGACCCCCCCCCCCCUCCCCUCGGUUUGACGGAGGGGACUGGAGCUCCUCCUCCAGCUCCUCCUCCGCUUUGCGGUCAGUCAUUCUACUGUUGAUCUCAAUGAACUGAUCUUAAAGUUGCUUUAUAUUGAGGCUGACACUCAUGUGUAUGCAGAAUCUGUCCCACUCGCGCUCAGGGAGAGUUUGCUGGAGCUCGAAGUAAAACCCCUGGGAUCGCCCAAGGUUGAAAUUUUGGCGCCUACCCCCGUCCUAAUUGAUCCUUCCAUCAGCACGAUGGACACCUCUCAUUCCAAUUUCGAUCCUCAACGUACCACUCCGUUGGUUUCGCGAAACCCGCGAAGCUCCUCAGCACCGUCAAGCACAACAAUUGGUCUGAUGCCAGCUACGCCACCAAUGAGACGCCAAAGGGUCGUAAAAGGUUGACCCUACUCCCUCCCUGCCGGUGUCCGAGCCACUCGAGGUCGUUGGUUCCUUGUCAAGGUAUCAAAGACGUACACUAGCCGCCCGGUCAACUAUCCCUAUAUCCGCAAGCGCCCAAGUCCUUGCCAAUCGAAGCGCAAGAGGGGAAAACCCUCUUUCCAAGCUGCGCGGUUUUGCUCAAGCCUUGCACUCAAUGUCGGGCUCGCAAGACAAAUUUAAUGUUGAAUUCACUUGCUCAAGGUAUAGCAUCUUCCCAAAUUGCAGCGGAUCCAUGUCACCAGAACACUCACACUCACAUUGGUCAUGGUUUAGUGACUCCUUGAGCAGCUGCAAGAAGAGGAGUGAGAUCGUCGAUCCUAAGCCGUGUCAUGAUGAGUAG